AUGUUUGCGUCGUUGUUGAUUUCUGGUUCUUUGAGUAGACCUGAUGACGUAUGGCAACAAUGUUGGAUAUUAUUAUCUGACGAUAUUCUAUACAGGCAGCGACAAUUGUUCAAUAACGAUGAUUUGCGGCUCGGUGAAGAUGCUAUCAAGAAUCUCACCCUUGCUGAAAUUGAGACUCUUAUGCGAAUUCGCGGCUCAAGUCUUCGUGAAUAUUCAUGCAUGCCUUAUCCGAACAGUGAAAGUAUGCAUAACACUUCAAACCGCCUUAUAUUGGAUGAGCUUAAUUAUGAUCGUAAGGCACUUGCUAUGGAACACGAAACACUUCUUGGGAGAAUGACUGGUGAACAAAAAGGAGUUUAUUCAAGAAUUAUGUUCGCUGUUGAUUCAGGUGCUGGUGGAGUAUUUUUUGUAUGCGGUUAUGGUGGUACUGGAAAGACAUACUUGUGGAGGACUUUGUCUGCGGCGUUGAGGUCGAAAGGUAAAAUUGUUUUAAAUGUGGCAUCGAGUGGAAUUGCAUCGCUUUUGUUACCUGGUGGAAGAACUGCACAUUCUCGAUUUCGAAUACCGAUUAGUAUUCAUGAAAAUUCUUCUUGUGAUAUCAAUCAGGCAAGUCCUCUUGCGGAGCUAAUAAUGAGAUGCUCUCUAAUCAUAUGGGACGAGGCGUCUAUGAUGCACAAACAUUGCUUUGAGGCAGUUCAAACAUCACUGCAGGGUGUAAUGGGUGUAGUAGACCCUUCGAAUAAAAGCAAGCCCUUCGGAGGUAAGCCGAUUGUCUUUGGUGGAGAUUUUUGA